AUGUGGUCGCAUUGUCAUAUCUAUCUAUCUAUCUAUCUAUCUGUCUAUCUAUCUAUCUAUCUAUCUCUCCAUAUAUUAACUGGCGCCUAUUCGCAGCGACUCUCCAUAUGCAACUGGCUGGCGACUAUCUCUGAUACGCAGCGACACUCCAUAUGCAACUGGCUGGCGACUAUCUCUGAUACGCAGCGACUCUCCAUAUGCAACUGGCUGGCGACUAUCUCUGAUACGCAGCGACUCUCUAUAUGCAACUGGCCAUAUCUGAUACGCAACUGGCAACUGGCGACUAUCUCUGAUACGCAGCGACUCUCUAUAUGCAACUGGCUGGCGACACUCCAUAUCUCUGAUACGCAGCGACACUCCAUAUGCAACUGGCUGGCGACUAUCUCUGAUACGCAGCGACUCUCCAUAUGCAACUGGCUGGCGACUAUCUCUGAUACGCAGCGACUCUCCAUAUGCAACUGGCUGGCGACUAUCUCUGAUACGCAGCGACUCUUCAUAUGCAACUGGCUGGCGACUAUCUCUGAUACGCAGCGACUCUCCAUAUGCAACUGUCUUGUGACUGGCCCCGACUGGCUGCAACUCACCAUGUGCAACUAG